AGGGUGGAGUGACGCCGCUUGGGAUAGUGUGUAUGUGUGUCUGUGUGUAUGUGUGCGUAUCUUGUGUCGUCUGAAGUACGCCCAGUAAACGCCUUCUUAUUGUAAAAGUAUGUGUUGUUCUGCUUUGUGGUGCCCUGUGAGGUUUGUGCCUCUCACGGAUCAAUGAGGACGGGAACGACGACGGUGUGUGUAGGACGGGGAGCCAGCCACCGGUGACGACUCCUCCACACGCACCCGCCACCUCACCCACGCACAAUAACACCAAACACACGCAUGGGCGGCUAUGUCAUGACUGGCGUACAGACCGCGUGUGCACAAAGCAAAGCCAACGAUGAGGCUCCACUUGAAGGAAGGCGAAAGAGGGCGAGCAAAGAGAAGAGGCAAAGGUGAACUCCAGAGAAAAAUAAAUGAGGUUAGCCUAAGGAGGAAAAAUAUAGGAAAAAGAGAACCUGAACUUAUUGAGUCUGGAAAAAAGAAAAAGGAAAGAAAAGAAAUUGAGAAAGAGUGGAUGAGAUAAAAGAGGGAAGAAGGAGAAAGGAAAGUGGAAGAGAAUAACGUAGAAGUGAACUGGCAAGGAGAAAAACAAAUAAAAUAGAAGUCAAAUGAAAGAAAAGAAGUGAAAAGUUAUAAUUAUCAGAUUUGUCUUACCGGAAAAAAAGCAAGAAAGAAAAAAAAAGCAUAAAGAAAGAAAAUAAAAUGGGAAAUGAAUCUUAGUGAACGGAGGGAAAUUUAACGAAAGAAAUUAAAAGAAGAAGAAAAAAAAGGAGAAUAAACUACACAAGUCUAUAGAAAAAAGAGAAAGAAAAUUACGAAGCUCUGAAUUAUUAAAACCAGGAAAGAAAAUGGAGGCAAGAUGAAAGAGGAAGAGAAUAAUGAUAAUAGAAAAGGUGCAGUAAAAGAGGAAACAGAGUAAUUGAUGUUCAUUAGAAGGAAGGAAAAACUGAGAAAGAAAACCAAAAACCUGAGUGAGAGAGGAGGAGGUGCAAAAAGGAGGAAAAAGAGGAGGAGGAGGAGGAGCGAAAGAGGAGGAGGAGGAGGAGGAGGAGGAGAGCCAUGCCCAGGGGUUUCUUAGACCGUCAUCUCCAUCGGCGCCUCCAUCACGACUCCUCCACCACCACCACCGCCUCCACCACCACCACCACCACCACAACCACCACCACCACCGCCUUCAACAGUACCUCCUCCUUCACCUCCUCCUCCUCCUCCUCCUCCAGUCUGAGAAAAGGAGGUUCACGCCCCUGGCCAGAAGAAUGCUGUGGUAGCGAGACUGAUCAGCUUCCCGAGGACAAUGCAUCUGCCUCCUCCACCACCUCUACCAUCGCUGCCGCCACCGCAGCCGCUGCAGCCACACUCCACUCACCGCAGCAGCAGCACCAUCAGUACCUGGCCGAGCACCACCACUCUCUGUACCCCGGCCUGCCCGCCACGCUGUCAGGGGAACCGCGGCCUUCUCAGCUGUUGGAGGAUGAUCUCAAGGAAGUGCUUGCUCGAGGCUCCAAGUCUAGCGUGGGCGUGUUACUCCCCCUGGUGGUUGUGGUGGUGGGGGCGUGGAUCCUGGGGUCGUGGGGGGCGUCGUGGGCGUGGCUGGUGAUCAGUGUGGCAUUCACGUGGGCGCUGGUGACGGGGGCGCUGCAGAGGGCGGCCCAGGAUGCUGCGAGGCACGAGUCACUAAGGUUAUCGCGGCGGCGGGCUCUGCAGGCGGACGAGAGCUGUGAGUGGCUGAACCUGCUAGUGAACCGCUGGUGGGUGUUCUCCUCUGCCUCCAUCUUCGCUCGAGUCAAGGCUGCGCUGGACCCGAGACUCGCUGAGGCCAAACCUGCCUUCCUCGAGACUAUAUCCUUAAAACAAUUGAGCCUCGGGGAGCGAACGCCAGUAUUGCGGAGCGUGCGAGCGUGGGACGUGACAGCCACUACAGAUCCAACCAGUCCCCGCCGCCCACACUGCCCGACUCGCCCUCCCCCCGGCCUAGCCCACGCCCCGACGCACACCAUAGCACUCGUCUGCGAUCUCGCCCUGGACUCUGACUCCUUUUCCGCGGUGCUUUCUGCGAGGAUUGGCGGGAAAGGGAUGGGCGUGGAGCUGGACGUGGGCGUGGAGAAGCUGGCGGUGCUGGGGCGUGUGGUGGUGACGGCGACGUUGGAUAUGGAGGCGCCCUUUCCACAUGUGUCCCGCCUCUCCCUCUCCUUUACUGAGAAGCCCCAAGUGUGGUUCAGUGUGAGGAUUCUGAAGGCUGUUCAAAUGAUGGAGCUACCAGUGCUGAAGACGUGGCUGCACUCUCUGGUGAUGGAUGCCCUCUCCACCGCCUGGGUCGAUCCUGGCCAGCUGGAGAUCAACAUCCACACCUCUGACAUCAUUGUUCCCGAGACACGCGCUGGUGACACGCUGGCUCAAGGGGUGCUCACUGUCAUCCUCUGGACCCUCAAAGGAACAUCAGGUCUGGACGAGGACAAGUGGGUGGUGGUUUACGUGGAUGGCCAGCAGCACGUGACGCCGCCCAUCACCUCGCAGCGGUGGCAGGAGGCGUGCAGCUUCCUGGUGAGCUCCUCCCCUGGCAACCACAACCUGGUUCUCAAAGUGAAGACCAAAAGACUCAUCACCACCACACUAACACAGUUCGACCUCCCGCUCAGUCAGUAUGGCCUUGAGAACUGUAAAGUAGCAGAGACGGUGCUACAGAAGAAGGGGAAGGUGAUCGGAGCCAGCAUUCCUCCCAUACACUUACGGCUGCAGUACACGCCCCUCACACCCAUCACCCUGGAGGCGCCCCUGCCCACCCCACUCACUGACCACCAAGAAGGUGCUGGUGUGCUCUACAUAAUGGUUCAUGGUGCUGACAACAUCACCACUCCCACCUCUGAGAAUCUUCCAAGCCCUUACUGCCUCAUCUUCAAUAACCGCAAGAAGGUGAAAAUGACCCACUAUGUGAGUGAGUGUGGGAGUCCCCGGUGGGAGUGCGGGGUAGAGGUGCUGGUGCGGGAGGUGUGUGCCGUCACCCUGGCCAUGGCAGUCUGCUCCCUCCCACACACCACCACCUUGCAGGACACAGAACUGCUGGGUCUGGCCACUGUCUCCCUUGCCACAGUGAAGCUGCCCAUGGUCCGCCGGCCACUGCCCCUUACCCGGAGCCUGCCCACCCCAGGCACCACCCCCACUGCCUCCUCUCCUAUGGGGACAGUGACAGUGACAGUAGUGUUCCGCUCCGUGCCAUCGGUGGCCGGCUGCAACAUUUCCUCGGCACCCGAUUCUGUUCUGGAGCGUGCUGGGCAAGCUAUCCUGGGGUCAGUGGCACCAGGCCAGACAUCAGGUCUUGGCACCCCUGUAGGCACUCUGCGGCGGCCCUCCCUCACAGGGCUUGGGGACGAUGAGGAUGGCAUCAGCAAGAAGCGGCCAAAUGCACCGUGGUACUCUCAGGCUAGCCGUCGUUGGGGCACCCAGGCGGGGACGCAGGACAUUGGGGACAUCCUGGCCUCAGGGCUCGGGCUCAUGGAACUCACCAUCAUCAGGGCCCGGGAUCUGGUGGCUAAGGAUCUGAAUGGCUACAGUGAUCCAUACUGUGUGGUGAAGGUGAAUGGGGAGGUGAAGUACAGGACACGAGUCAAGAAGAAAACUCUCAACCCGGAAUGGGAAGAAACACUGAUGACACACCUGCCCAAGUCUCCCGAUCACCUGUCCAUCACUCUGUGGGACCACGAUGCCUUUGGGAAGGAUUUCCUGGGCUCUGUGUCCCUGGGAGAGGAGGAAGUGCGGGGGAUGUCCAUUGGUGAUGUCCCAAUUUGGUGUCCGUUGGAGGGCACCAAGUCAGGCCACUUGGAAGUGAGGAUCAAAGUUAUCUCAGAUGAUUAUGAGAUCCUAUUUGAUGAAUUCAGUCCUGAAGGGUUUAUCUUGUCAGGUGCAGCAGCCCAGCAUCAGAUCAAGGCAGCAGAUGGGUCACUGGCAGCUGGAGUACCAAUGGCAGCUGGUAGUGCAGAAGGGAAGGUGGUUAUGGUUGGAACAGAAGGUGACCCUGACAACUCAGAAGGUGUGGCUUCUCAGGAGUCUGUUGAUGAGCCGGAAAGCCCAAUCCUGACGUCUGACCUUCAAGAUGGCCAGAAUGGAGAGACGCCUCCCCUGACCAACGGACGGAGGGCCAGCGAGUCAUCCAUCCUGGACAACCAGAGGGACGAGCCACCCAUCCACACAAACCUGAGAGGCACCAUGAGUGGGUCAGCAACACCUGCCUCCUCCAGCCCCAUCCACGCCCCAGUCCAGUCACGGCGGUCGGGAGCCAAGAUCAUCGCCAGUGCUCUGUCCAUGGCCCGUGCCCGCUCCCACGAGGCGUCCCCGGCCCACAGCCCCAAGAGCACCAAGGCCAUCCCCAAGAUAAGUCUCACAGAACACCACAGCGAGGAUGACUAUGGUGGAGGCAGCAGCAGCAGCCCUGAGCACCACCACCGUCACCGCCACCACCACAAGUCUAAGAAAAGCUCCGAUGGGGGUCUAAGGGCAGUGCGGGAGAAGGUGUGUCGUGGUCUGGCUCACCCCCUCAGACGUUUUCGGUCUGAGGCAAAUGUAAGGGGAGAGCAACAGCAGCAGGAAGAGGAGGAGGAAGAGGAAGAAAGCUGUCAAGAACUUCAAGAUUCCCCUCUCCACCCUCAUCACCACCCCCACCCCCGCCUGCAGCUGUCCCUCAGUGUUGGGGUGCCAGUGAGGGUCGGGGUGGGUGGAGGUGAGAGUGACGCAUCAGAGUUACUGGGAGGGGAUGCACCACUCAGCCAUGCCAAGUCUCAGCCCAACUUGCUCCUGGAGGCUGCCAGACUUUCGUCAUCUACGAAAGCACUGAAUAGCAGCAACAACAACAAUGUAAACAACAACAACAGCAGCAGUAUUCCACAACGGGCUGAGGUAUUUGUCAAUGUGCGCGGCGUCGCCAAGCGUGUGCAGGGGCUCCACAUUCCUCGCUCAGGCCUGCAGCUCUUUCUCAGGAUCCGUAUUAGCAGUGAUGAGAAGAAUGGAGGAAGCCUUAGCAGCACCAGCAGCAGCAGCGGUGGCAGCAGGAGCACCAAGACAGUGGGUCGGUCGCGCCUUGUUCCUGCAUGCCCCUCACCAACUUUUGACUGUGAGUGGCAAGUGGACAGUGAGGUGAGCCGACGUGCUGUCUUGGUGCUGGAAGUCAGGUCAGGGUCACGCCAGCUCCUCAACUCUUCAAAUGUGACUCUUGGGGAUCUCUUCACUGAGCCAGGUGCAGAAGGCAGUGUGGAGCGAUGGGUCAACCUGCAGGGUGGGGCCACGUUGCUUUUGAAAGCGAGUCAUGGAGGUGACGCACCGCCAACUUCCCGGAGACGCUCCCUCUUUCGCUCCUGGUCCCUUCACCGGCUGGGCAAGAUUUAGAGGGCACAUUGGCAGCUGCCCUUUCACCUCACUGUACUGCCUUAGAGGAGGGGAAAGGAAAGGGGAUAGAUAAUAUGUUAAGAGCUUAGGGGGAUAGAAAAGAAAGGUAUUCAGUAUUUGGCUUGAAAGAAGGGAAAGAAGAGUAAAAACAUCAGUAUUAAAUUAAAGGGAAUAGAGAAAACAAAUUGGAAGGUGUUAGUUUUUUAUUUCAAGUAGGAAGAGCAAGGAAAGAUUAGCUUAAGUAACCAUUUGUGAUUCAGGGAAAUGUACAUACUGGGAACAAAGAGUCAAAUUGGGAUGUGUAGGUAGGUAGCACUAGGAAAGAGGCAUAAGUCUGGUAGAUAUUGAGGCAAGAUAGCAUUAGGUGGAAACUCUUGACUGGUGAAUGGGAAUAGGAGAAAAAAUAAGUAAGUCAGAGGGAAAGGAAAGAUAUUUUAGACAGGAAUCAACAAGUCAGAUAGUGCUGUGCUUACCCAGAGGCAUAAUAUUAAACUCAACCACCUACUUUAUGAAAAUCUUGGUUAAUAUUUUGGUGGCAGUGAUAAUACAAAGCUCAUCUUUUUACUCCUCAAUGGUAAGAGUAGCUAAGUUAGGUACUAUAAGCUCAACAAAGAAUUAUUUAGCAUAUUAUAUAACAACUGGUUGCAAGGCUCACUCAAUUUUCAUAAUCCUUCCUAUACACUCUACACAUAUACAAACCUACUACAUGCUGACAUUUCCACCAUUCUCCUCCUUUCUUUUCUUUAUAUCUAUCCAAUCAAAGCCAGUGUAGGUGAUCUAGUCAUUUAUUUAUAGGGUCUUGGAUACUAUGAUAUAUAUAUAUAAGCCUUCAUGUUGUGCCAAGUUGACCUGCAUGUGUCCUUCAGUCCACAUAUCAUUCUGUGCACAAUAAAUGUUUCUUGGUUCCA